UCACGCUCACUCUCAACAAAAAAAUUUUUGUUACCCGCUCAUUAUUCCCUCUUCUUUUCAUCUACAUCGCGCGCCCUAAAUACCGCUAAUCUCAAAAUUCCAUGAGUUCCUUUGCCCUAACAUCUCGGAAUGGAAGAAAAUUACAGGAGGUUGAAGGAGAUGAAAAAGCCCCUGACUCUGCCUCCACUAAGGCUAUAAAAACUUUUGGUCUUCAAAGAAAGCGGGCAGAGAUGAUACAACGAAUGUCUCAGGAAUGUUUAUGGAAGGAAUGGACUCAUGUGACUGAGCUGCACGGUGUCGGAAAGUAUGCUGCAAAUGCAUAUGCGAUAUUCUGUACUAGAAAAGGGGAUAGAGUAACGCCCACCGAUCAUAUGCUUAACCAUUAUUGGAACUUUCUCUAUGGACCCAAGAAUACUUCAAUAUAGAUAAGAUAAAUGUUCUUUUCAAUGAAAAUAUUUAUAUGUGAUUAGGGUUUGAUAAAUUACUGAAGUUAUUGAAGCAAGAAAGGUGUUUCAAGCUAGCAUUACCAGCUUGGAGCUUUGCCAAGUACUUCAUGAAGUGCUUAUUUAGACUUUUUGUUUUUAGCUCAUCUCAUCUCAUUGACAUUUGAUUAAUUGUUUUCUCAACAAGAGUUUUAAACUCAUGUCUGAUGUUAACAUUCGUGAAUUCCGUGAAUUAAGUCAUUUUUGUUUUUCUUGCUUUUAGUGACUUAUAAUGGUGGGCAGUAUACAAGUUUGGUGCUUUAUUAUUUUGACUUACUGUUUUGGAUGAAGCAUUUGUUGUUACAGGAUAUGCUUUGUAGUAAUCUUUGAAAUACUUUGCCUGGAAAUUAUUUUUUUUCAACUUAAUUUAUCUAGGCAUGAAAGUCUUCAAAAUUAUCAUAGCUUUUCUUUUCUGUUGAUUCAAACUGUUCAUUUAAACUCUUUUUUUUUUUUUUAUAUAUAUAUAUAUACACACACAUACUGUUUUUAAUAAAAUUUUAAUAAUUCAUUCAUUCUAAGUUAAUUGGACUUGCCUACGGCUGAACAUACAGUUUAUAUAUGAAUAUGCUUCAUCUACAUUGCCUGAUUCAGUUGAUCUAGUUUGGUUGUUCUUUGAUUCUGACUUGUUCAAGCUUGUAUU